CCGCCCCAGGUCCCGGGAAGCCUGGGCGGGGAGGAGCCUUCCAAGUUGGGUUCUGCGACAGGAAGUCGGAGGGAGGAUCCUAGUGUCUCGGGCGCCGAGAUGCCGGAAGUUGUGCUCUCGUGGGAUGGAGCGGGGGUGGCUCUUCCGUCUUAGGGUCUCUGUGUCUUUUCUUCUAGUUUAGAAAGACUCCCGCGACCUGUUGUUCUUCAUUCCCUUUUGGACUUCUGAGAUGUCCGCGAUUCCUGCAGAGGAGAGUGACCAGCUGCUGAUCCGACCCCUUGGAGCUGGGCAGGAAGUGGGAAGAUCAUGUAUUAUUCUGGAGUUCAAAGGGAGGAAAAUAAUGCUGGACUGUGGGAUCCACCCUGGCCUGGAAGGAAUGGAUGCUCUUCCUUAUAUCGAUUUGAUUGACCCAGCUGAGAUUGAUCUCCUACUAAUUAGUCAUUUCCAUUUGGAUCACUGUGGAGCUUUGCCCUGGUUUCUACAGAAGACAAGUUUCAAAGGAAGAACAUUUAUGACUCAUGCUACAAAAGCUAUUUAUAGAUGGCUUCUUUCAGAUUAUGUCAAAGUUAGUAACAUAUCAGCAGACGACAUGCUGUAUACUGAGACAGAUUUGGAAGAAAGCAUGGACAAAAUUGAAACCAUCAAUUUUCAUGAAGUGAAGGAAGUUGCAGGAAUCAAGUUUUGGUGUUACCACGCCGGCCAUGUUCUGGGAGCUGCCAUGUUCAUGAUCGAGAUCGCAGGCGUGAAGCUUUUAUACACAGGUGAUUUCUCAAGACAAGAAGAUAGACACUUAAUGGCAGCUGAAAUUCCUAACAUUAAACCCGAUAUUCUUAUCAUUGAAUCUACUUACGGGACCCAUAUCCAUGAGAAGCGAGAGGAGCGAGAGGCAAGGUUCUGUAACACCGUCCAUGAUAUUGUGAACAGAGGAGGCCGGGGCCUCAUUCCCGUCUUUGCUCUCGGACGGGCGCAGGAGCUCCUCUUGAUUUUAGAUGAGUACUGGCAGAAUCACCCAGAGCUCCAUGAUAUUCCAAUAUACUACGCAUCGUCUUUGGCCAAGAAGUGUAUGGCAGUGUACCAGACAUAUGUGAACGCCAUGAAUGACAAAAUCCGCAAACAGAUCAACAUCAAUAAUCCCUUUGUUUUCAAACAUAUUAGUAACCUGAAGAGCAUGGAUCAUUUUGAUGACAUUGGUCCCAGCGUGGUCAUGGCCUCCCCAGGCAUGAUGCAAAGUGGCUUAUCCAGAGAGCUCUUUGAAAGCUGGUGUACUGAUAAGAGGAACGGCGUCAUCAUAGCCGGCUACUGUGUAGAAGGCACACUUGCCAAGCAUAUCAUGUCUGAACCAGAAGAAAUCACUACCAUGUCCGGGCAGAAGUUACCUCUGAAAAUGUCUGUUGAUUACAUCUCUUUCUCUGCGCACACAGAUUACCAGCAAACCAGUGAAUUUAUUCGUGCUUUGAAGCCGCCUCAUGUGAUUUUAGUCCAUGGAGAACAGAAUGAAAUGGCCAGAUUGAAAGCAGCCCUGAUUCGAGAAUAUGAAGAUAAUGAUGAAGUUCACAUAGAGGUUCAUAAUCCUCGGAAUACAGAAGCAGUGACCUUGAACUUCAGGGGAGAAAAACUAGCCAAGGUCAUGGGCUUUUUAGCAGACAAAAAACCAGAACAGGGCCAGCGGGUCUCAGGAAUACUUGUUAAAAGAAACUUUAAUUAUCACAUACUUUCUCCUUGUGACCUCUCCAAUUAUACUGACUUGGCCAUGAGCACUGUAAAACAGACCCAAGCCAUUCCAUAUACUGGUCCUUUUAAUUUGCUCUAUUACCAGCUACAGAAAUUGACAGGUGAUGUGGAAGAAUUAGAAAUUCAAGAAAAGCCUGCUUUGAAAGUGUUUAAAAAUAUUACUGUAAUACAGGAACCAGGAAUGGUGAUAUUAGAAUGGUUGGCAAAUCCUUCCAAUGAUAUGUAUGCAGAUACAGUCACAACCGUGAUACUAGAAGUUCAGUCAAACCCGAAAAUAAGGAAAGGUGCAGUACAGAAGGUUUCUAAAAAAUUAGAAAUGCACGUUUACAGCAAGAGGCUGGAGAUCAUGCUCCAGGACAUAUUUGGAGAAGACUGUGUUAGUGUAAAAGAUGGUUCUAUUCUUAGUGUCACAGUAGAUGGAAAAACUGCUAACAUAAACUUGGAGACACGGACUGUAGAAUGUGAAGAAGGCAGUGAGGAUGACGAGUCCCUCCGAGAAAUGGUGGAACUGGCAGCCCAGAGACUGUACGAGGCCCUCACACCCGUCCACUGACAGCCUCUCUCUGUCGGUGUUCAGCCUUUUGUAAUGCCUGAUUCUACUUCUGUUGCUUAAAAUAAAAUACAUUCAUUUCUC